UGCCUCGGCGGGCGGAGGUCGAGGAGGAGGAAGACGCUUCAGCUGAAGGAACUCAAACCACCAAAAAGAACCCAGUGUGCGUCACUCAGCUCCCGACAGUAAUGGCGACCACCGUGAUGGAUAGAAUCGGGCGAGUGUUCAUCAGCCUGCAGCAGAUCAGGGAGGUUCCCCAGAUGCUGAACGAGGCCGCCCCCUCCAUGCCCGGCACCCUAAAAGACUCCGAGGUUCCCACUUACUUCAGAGAGCGCUUCGUCAGCACCGGCUACCGACCGCUCAACCAAAACUGGCGCUACUACUUUCCUGUCUUUAUUCCAGCGCCACAACGAGGACAAUCAACGUCUGGGACUCACCUGCUGGCGUUUUUAGUUCUUCUGAUUAAAUUCAGGCAACUCGCUGAGACCGUGGACUUUAUUAGUGAUCCUCAUUCGUGGCCCCUGUUGAUCCUCAUGGUGUCUUCCUUGAUCUACACAGGUUUCAGGUACAGUAGCCCACCCUGCUGGGGGGCGAAGUCUGAGCUGUGUAAUUAUAGUUUCUUCUCUGAUUAUGUUGGGGUCGCACAGUAUCAGUACGGCAGUGCUGUGGUUCACUUUUACUACGCUGUGGAAGAGGCUUCCACAGACACCGUUCAUGGGAUUCUUUGGCCUGUCGCGACCUUCCUCAGCUGUCUGUCAUGUCUGGGAUGCACCUAUGGGAAGUACUGCAACCACAGACGUCCCAUGUGGGUGCGUAAGGUGUGCCAGGUGGUGCCCUCAGCACUUAGCUAUAUGUGGGACACUAGCCCUGUGGCAUAUAGAUUCAUGUCAUGGUAUAAGAACAGCGAUGAUCCAGCGGUUUUCUAUCAUUUUGGCCAGGUGGCUUUCUUUCUUAGCUGCAGCUUCUUCUUCACCUGUCCUGUUUUAGAGCGAUGCUUCCCUGGGCGGUGCGAUUUUGUGGGACAGAGCCAUCAGAUAUUCCAUGUCUUUCUGUCUUGCUGCACCCUGUGUCAGAUCCAUGCCUCCUACCUUGACUACGUGGGCCGCAGGGAGCUGUACUCGCGUCUGCAUGGGAGCGAUGAGGCGGGUCUCUUUGUGGGACUGUAUGUGUUAGUUUUAAUUGGUUGCUCACUUAUUGUUUUCUUAAUGCUAAGGAAAGUCAAAAAACUGCUUGGUUGCAAGUCCAAAUAAUAGAUAAGAGAUUGUAGGAAAGGCAUUCAUGUGCCUUUAUCGCCUCAGACUUACUGCCCAUUUUCCGAAACCCUAAUAGUCAGAGAAAUGUCAACAUUGCCUCAAUUGUUUUUUCCUAUAACGUUGAAGGCCUUUACUUGCCUACUCUGCCUCUGAUUGGAUAGUACUUGUUGCCUUUAUGUGUUGGGUUGUUUAGGUUUAGACAUUCGAUUAGCGUGGCCUUCACCAUAGGGAUAACGGGCAGUUGCACAAAUGGACAUUCAGAUAAAUGGAUUUUGGGUCUAUCGGGACAUAUUCAGACAAUUAGAGUUUCGGAAUUAUAGAAAUUAGGGCCCUAGAAAUGUUGGGUGUUUGUUCUUGGGAUAACAAUCUAUCAGACAAACUGGCUUUGGGUCCAAUGGGAAAUUGUUCUGACUAUUGGAAUAAUAGUCUAUCAUAGACUAUCUGAAUAAUGGGCCAUCAGAGCAAUGGCGUUACACAUUGAAAGAAAGGGAACUAACCAUACUGUAUACGCUUGUUUUAUGUAAAUACUUAUUUCAUUUUGCACAUUUCAUAACUGUAAGGGCCAGAUUACAAAAAGGGGUGGCGAGUAUUUUGGGACUGAAUUGUAUUUGUAUAGAGUUUGUGAAAAUAUCACAUUUUUAAAGCAUCAGCCAAGACUGGUUUCAUAUAACUUUUUACAGCUUAUAGACAUUCAAAAGAUCAAGAAUAUAAAAACGAAUGUGUGCUUGUUGCAAGUUCAGACAAUAUAAACUAGUACCAUCACCAGAAAUCUACCAUUCAUACCGUAAACUACAAUGUUUCUCCAUGCCGGGCCUUGUCAUUUGCACAUGUUAUGUAACAUUUGGCAUAAAGGUGGUGCUGGGUGAGUGUUAUUUUGUGAAUGAUGCUGUUCUCAACCGCCAAAUGCCAUCAGAUCAUUGUCCAGGCUCUUCUGAGAGGAAAGCCUUAGGAUUUAAGUUGCCAUUUUCAUGGUGUUGUACAUGUACAUGUAGUUUGGACAAAUUUGAGAACUUAUGAUGACAUUUAAUUGCUAGUGUAUUACUUACUAUGAUAGACAGACGUUGGCAUGCCCCCUGUCAAAUCAAUAUUCAGCCUUGGACGGGGGCAGCAGCAAAAAUGUUUAACACGUGAAUCAAUAUCAGUUUAGUGUAUGCCAGAUUUCAACAUUUUGUCAGUGCUUUACCUUUCUCUCUCCUGUGUUCUUGUAGUUAAUAUGACUGUUUAACAUGGAGUGUGGCGGCUUUGAAAUGAGCAUAGAUAACUUGUUUCAGUUCCCCGUCAUAAAGGGAUGUCUGACAGCAAGGUCAAGCAGUAAAAGUAUUACAAAAAAUAGUGUUAAGCUAAUUAUUCUCUCAUCCAACCCUAUUUCGAGAAAUCAAAACUGUCUAUUUAACAUGUUGUCCUUUUGCUAGCUCCUUUUUAGAUAUAGCAAUACACUGCCUUGAACUAUUUAAGAAAGAUAGAUAUUUUAUGAGGGAUUUAAUAUAUUAGAGUCUUAUAUAUUUGAUGAAUGUUUUGUAUGAUCACUGUAUUGUGUCUUAUGGGGAAUCUUGAAUGCUUCCCGUUUAUUCCAUAAGGGGAGAAGUGAAUGUUGGUUUUAAACCAGGGUACUUAUUACAGAUGAAGGUACCAUAUUAUUGUACAUCUAUGAGAGAUUACUUCGUAGUGACCAAGAUGUGAAGAAAGUUAAACAAUGAUCUUUUGGAGACAGAGUGUGAAGGCAGAUAUCAUCUUUAUAAAAGCACGUUUUCUUCUCAUAACCUCUUUGAGUUUCAUAAGUGCAAAAAGGGCGAGUUGACCUUUGCACACUAGUGUACACUUGUCAGUGACAAAACGGUCAUAAAUAAUGGUUAAAGCUCACGCAUACCGUACUAUCUGAUGUAACACUCUGGCUCUGAUUAUUUUUGGAUUAACUCUGAUUGGAAAUUGAGCUCUACUUUAUUGUGCCUUAAGUAUUUUGAUAUGAAACGGUUAUUUCUGUUAAUGCACUUUCAUUUUCUCAACAUUAUCUCAAACCUGUAUGAGUUGUGAUUUCCUUGCUUUAGCCAAGUGAAGUUAAUGUUGUUAAUACUGUUGUGUAGGUAUAGAUAUUUUAUGCUGGUAUUAUUACCAGCAAAGUAACAGCAGCUCCUGUAGAUCGGUGGACCCAGUGGCGGUCCUAGAGUCUGUGGGGGCCCUAGGCAAAGAUUCACUGGGGGCCCCUCGAACCAGCUUUCAUCACCAUCAGUGGCGCCCCAACACACUCUCCCCCUUACGGCGCGCUAUGCAUGGGGCCGCCUUGAGGGGGUUUCCCGACAUGUCGUUGCAGUAAAUUAAAGGGUGUUUCAUGUUGUCGUUGCUGUGGACCUUCUUAAUCUACCUUCUUUGGGGGCCCCCUUCUGGUCCGGGGCCCCAAGCAGUUGCCUGCCUUGCCUGUUCGCAAGGGGCGCCCCCUGGGUGGACCUACAUCUACAGAAUGACCUGCAGAAUGAGACGAAGUGAUAUUGCUUGUAGGGGUGAAUUAUGUCAUGUAUUUCAAGGUUCAAGGUUCUUUAUUGUCAAACUAACAUAGCUACAGAGUAAUUAUGUCGUUGAAAAUCUUAUGUCACAGGCUUCUCCAACAAUGCAACAUAAUAAUACAGAUAGUAAAAGUAAUACAAAAAGAAAAAUAGUUCUAAAAUAAAGUGAGUAUGUGGAAUAGUGCAGUACGAGUCUAUAUACAAGUUAUUGGAAUGAUAUAUAUUAGAUAGUAGAUAUAUCUAUAUUUCAUUCAAUAUUUAACAAAUACGUAAAUCAAUAUGCCUUUGAAAUUAAAAAAAUUAGGCGAUAUAUAUAUAUAUGAAUUCAUACAAAUAAAGACAUUUAAAUGAGUAUGCAUAGACUAAACCACAAACCAUGAAUUAGAAUUUAAAGAUUGGAAAAUAGAGAAAUGUGGUAUAGUGAAUCUAAAAAUGAAAUAAAAUCAUGCUUUGAAAUCUAUUUAUCUAUAAAACAAUAGUGACGCAUUUCUAUAUUUUUGUAUUUACAUUUGUAUGGCCUCGUGUGUAUUUAGGGAUAUAUUGGAUAUUGAACACAAUAUUGAAUCAAAGAUGGCAUUACAUAAUUCAUUGCAAAAAUAUGUGUGGUAAUAAUACAGCCCCUGUAAUUUCCCUGUUAAAAAGAGUUACUUUUUUGUGGGGAUAUAUGUGUUAAUGCAGGUGCUGUAUUAUUUCUUUAUGGAAGAAUUGUGGAGAAAUAUGAUUGUUAUUUGGUCUCCACAGCCAUUUGCAAACUACAGAUACACUUUGAUACCUAACAUGUGUGUUGAUACUCUGCAAAUCUUGUCUUGCCACUUUCACUGUGCCUUAUUGUUCUGAUUCAACAUGGAUUUGUAGUCCAAGAUACUAUGUUAGGAUUAUAUGCAAAGGAAGCAUUUCCUCAGUAAUGAAAUAAAACAUGUUUCAUAAAACUG